AUGCACGACUACCUCCAAGAAAGUGGCCGAACUCGCUUUCCAAACCAGAAAAAGCUGCUGGGUGUGCUGUCAGGGAAAACGAUGCUGAUCUACGCGCCUCUCUUGCACUGGUAUCUCUUCAGCAGACUCAAGAUCGGGGCAGUCUACCGCACUAUCGACUACGUGCCCGAAAAGAUCUUCGACUGGUUCGUGAACGAAGUGGCCGACAACCGAAGGAAAGGCGACGCUGACAAGGAGAAGGCUUUGCUCGCAGAAGUGUUCAAGCUCCUGGACAACAGCCGCUACGGUAAGUUCAUCGAAGCAGUGGAGCGCCAGACAAGAACGGUUUACACAAGGGACGAGGACGAGGUUGACAAGAAUCUCCGCUCGGCCUUUUUCGAAGACCUCGAAGAGAUCGGAGACGCUUACAAGAUCGAGCUGCGCAAGCCAAAGGUCACAAUCAGCCGCCCUUUCCAAGUGGGCAUCGCUGUGUACCAGCUUGCCAAGCUCCGCAUGCUGGAGUUCUACUAUAACUUCCUGGACUACUACCUCGACAGGCGUGACUUCGAGCUCAUCCAGAUGGGCACGGACAGCAUGUACUUCGCCCUUGCACACGACACACUGGAGGAGGCCAUACAGCCAGAACUUCGCAACCAGUUCGAGGCUGAGAAGAAGACUUGGUUGGCGUGGGACAAGUGGAGCGGCAGAGAGCCCGGCUUGUUUAAGCUUUUGAAAGAAGGCAAACGGGCCAUCGCCCUAUGCAGCAAGUGCUACCUCGUAGAGGACCUUGCAAGCGGGCAGGCCAAGAUGUCUUCCAAGGGUGUGAACAAGAAGCAGAACGAGCUGCACUGGGAAAGGUACGAAAGUGCCCUCGAGGGGCGCAAGGACAUUGCCACCAACAGGGGCUUCGGAAUGCGCAACGGUGCCAUGUACACGUACGAGCAGCGCAAGCUGGGUCUUUCCGCGUACUACGACAAGCGUUGGGUGCUGCCAGACGGCAUCCACACGGAGCCAAUCGAGUUUCACACCCCAGCUGGCGGCAACUGA